AGCGUAUUGCAGUCAGAACUGCAGCGCUGUGGGCCGAGAAUAUGAGGAGAAUAGCACGGACACUGCCCUCCUGAUCAUGGGACACAUCAUAAUGCGAGCCGCAUGCCUGAAAAGGUGCAAAACAAACUUUCCUGUGUUUUCUAAAUCAUAUCCUAAACGAGAAACUUUGGGUGCUUUUGAACAGAGGAUACCCUACCGGUACCUUCAGUAUGUCUAUUACCAGAUGAAGUUACCAUUGACAAGCAUUAUACGACUGACAGACUGCAACGGUUGGAGUUAAAAAUCAUCAUUUGUGUUCUACUGAAGAAACAAAGUCACCUACAUCUUGGAUGCCCUGAGGCCCCUCCCUGGCGCAUUCCUCUGAGGAAGGAUCUGUUUUCUCAGAGACGGGCACCCUAUGGCACCUGCGUCCAGACCUCUGGAAUCUCCAUGUCUGGUCUCUGGACGGGAUGCAGAGGACUUAGGUGAUCUACCCCAGAUGGUGGUAGACACCAUCACUUCGCAUUUUUUCCUCAGUUUUUGUUUCUUUUUUCCCUCAUGGAUCUACCCGCUGUCCAGCGUCUCUGCCUGGAGCAGGGAGACCGCUCGCUGGAACAGCUUCAGGCCACCAGCUCCACCUAGGCCAGAGGAUCUCCUGGCUCCGCCUCCAGCCUCCGAACCCAACACUCCACCGCGGCCUGUUGACGUGUCGCCUCCGCCGUGGCUCCUCCCUCCCUCAGCUCCACCGGAAACCCUCAGCCUCAAGACUCCACCGGGCUCCCUCGUCCCACAGGCUCCGACUUGGUCAGACGUCGUCCAGCCUGCACCUUCGGUUUCACCUGGCUCCCCCUUCCCCCCGUCUCCUCCUUCGUCAGUCUUCAGGUUCCCGGACUCCACCUCGGAUGCUCGUCGUCCCAGCUCCAUCUCGGUCUCCAGAUCCAGCAGUGUCGGUUGGGCUCUUCGGCAUGCCAGCUCCACCUGGAUCUCCAUCGUCGGUGCCGUCUCCAUCGGCUGUCCCCAGGGUGGCGCCUCUCAACUCUCCACUAUGGCGCCUCCCGUCCUCGACUCCACCCUGGGGCCUCAUCAUGAUGAAUGAGUUGGAGAGAGCAGUUUCAGCAGCACACACAUAUCUCCAGCGAAACCCUGGGGACCCUCUGCUAUCUAGGAGUCUCAACUACUAUAAAAGCCUGUUUGACAUGGAGGAGUACCUCAUAGACCAUGAGGAGCAGCCCUAUGAGGCUUUAUUCCUGAAGGCCGUAAAGCUGUAUAAUUCUGGGGAUUUUAGCAGCAGUGCUCGAGACAUGGAGCUGGCGGCUGCUGAGUAUUUUAAAACAUACAACAUGUGUUUGCUGUCCUGUGAGGGGUCAUACGAUGUGCAGGAGUUCAAAGACUUUUACCCUACCUUAGCUGAUUUCUAUUUUGAAGUAAUGAAGUGUAAAGUAAAAUGUGAGGAGAAUUUGAUACCAAAUGUUGGUGGGUACUUUGUGGAGAAAUUUGUUGCCACCAUGUACCACUACAUGCAGUUUGCUUAUUACAAAUUAAAUGAUGUGAGUAAUGCAGCGCUGUGUGCAGCGAGCUAUAUGCUGUUUGAUGCAGAUGAUCAAGUGAUGCAGCAGAACAUCGCCUACUACAGAUACUACAGACAACAGUGGGGACUGCAUGACGGGCAUUUCAAACCACGACCAGAAGCUCUUAGAUAUUACAAUCUAACUACCAAACUGAGGGAACUGCUGGACUUUGCACAGAAUUAUUUACAGACAGAUGAUGAGGAUACUGUGAGUUCAGAGGAAGCAGCAUCAGCUCCAUCAAAUCCACCUGAUGAAGAGUUUGAGGGAAUAGGGGACUAUGAGGAGUCUUUCCUGGCUGAAUGGUGGCAAGAACCAAAAACUAAAGGAGAUACAGGAGAACCAGCUGAAUAAAACACACCACAUCAUAUAUUAUAAUUUGUACUGUUACCCUAGGGCAGUCUUCGUCUGGCAGUCUUUCCCUCUUUUACUGGAGAUGAAUUGUAAUGCAUUCAACUUUACUUUUAAUCAGAACCUUUGGAGCUUUUGUAUUAUUCUUAUGCAAUGCAGGCUUUUUUACCACAUAAAUCUAAAAACAAAAAAUGCAUAUAUAUAAUUUUUUUUUUUUUUUUUUAGAUGAGCUCAUUGAAAUUGGAAACAUAUCACCAAUCUAAGUUCUGCUUAACAAAAUCAGGCCUGUAUUUGGAAUGGUAUUUUAACCUUGGGAAUAGUAUGUGAACCCUUGGUGUCAUGCACAACCGCCUCCUGAUACCAUCGCUCUUUCUCCCAAAAGGCAUCCAAACACAAGACCCCCCAAUAAUUAAGCAAAAUCAGGCCAGUCUGUUCCCAAAAUCAAUGGAUGCCGAAGGUGCAGGUUAACCCUCUAGGGUCUGAGGUGUUUUCUGGGCCCUGGAGGUGUUUUGACAUGCCCUGACAUUAUUUCUGUUACUUAUUGAUGUGUUUCACACCUAGGAAGACAAUGACCCUCCCUUAAUGUGUCUAUCAAGGUGAAUGAGACUGGGAGGGAACUAGAAGAAUGUGAGGAAAUAACAGAAUGGCUUUUUUGAUUAUAUUGUAUUUAAACAACUGGGUCUCUAAUUGUGAUUUUCCUGGUUUCCUGGUUGUGACUUGUGAUUUAAAAUGUGAUUUUUAUAAGUAAUUAAAUAAUAAUAAUAAUAAUAAUAAUAAUAAUAAUAAAGAACACCAGGUUUGUUGUGCCUACUUGUAGGGCUGCACAGUUUGGCUGAAAAUGUUGUGCUUGUAUAUCAAUAUGACAUAAUAAUUAUUAGAAUUACUUUUAGUACUAAAUAAAAAUAUUAAAAAAUAAGAUUUAUUACUAUUGUAAUUAUUUCAUUAUUAAAAAUAAAAAUACUGUAUUUAAGAACAAAUAUAAUAAUAUAGUAAUUAAAAUAAUAAUAAUUUAAAGUACUACAGAAAACUUUUAUUUUUAUGGGAAAACUGCAGGGUGCAGAUGCCAUGCAGCUGACCUUUAACUAUAAAUCAUUACAAAGUAACACUUCAAUACUCCACAGUAGAGAAAAACAAACGGAUUAUCAUGUUUACUUCAAAUUUCUUGAGAGAGAAGUAUUAUUUUUCAUAUUUUUACCAACAAUAUUUUGGUGGGAGCAUUAUUGAGCGCUAUAAAGACAUCAUCUCUGUUUCAAUCAUACUGGAAGCCAGAGGGUACCCUCGCACAAAAAAUCCAAAUAUGCCUCACAGAGUAAUACAACUUAUGACAUUCCAGAAAAUCCCUAAUGUGGACAAAGGCAUUCAGCUAUCUUUGUAGCUGAAUAAAACGAAGAUAGAAAUGCUCUAACUGAAUUACAUGAAGAUAAUAAACACAUGACUGUGACAAUA